AUGAAGGUCCAUGUACUUAUAGGCAUGUUGGUCUUGGUGGGCCUCUCAGCAAAAAAAGCUCCUGUUCCUGAAGUCCGGAUAUGCCAUUUCUGCCUCUUAGAAGACACAACUGUAGGUUGUCUUUCAGGCUCUGAGAAAUGCAUGGUCAGCAGCUCAUCCCCAUGCAUGGUGAUCACCAUCUUUUAUGAUUUGAAGCCUCGUUUCAUCAUCCGAGCCUGUGGACAGUAUCAUUUCUACCGCUGCAGAGAAGUACGUGAAACCUACUUUGUGAAAUACUGGUUCCAGGCCCAGUGUUGCCAGUACGAUUACUGCAACUCUUGGUCCAGCCGCCAGCUCCAGAGGCCCUCAUCCGAACAUCCUGAUAGGUCUCUGGCCCUGCCUCUGUCAGAGCUCCAGAUCCAAGAGUUUUAUCAGGCCUUAAACCUCUCCCUGCCCCUACCCAACAUCCAUGCUGGGGUGGAGCCUGAAGGCCUAAACCCUCUGGCCCACCUGCCCCUGAACCUGGGUUUGUCAGUUGCUGAUCUGCGCCACAUCUACCUGUUUCUCAAUAGGUCAGGAUUUUUGCUUCUUCCAUGGGCUGGACCCUGA